UCAGUCCGGGUGGAGAUAAAAGAGAUCGGCGAACUUAUGCCCCGUUAGUAUCCGCGUGUUCUGCGCGGUGAGUGGAACACGGUCUGAUCUGAUCUGCCUGGCGGCCUGGAGAGCACCACUUCCGAAGAACCAGUUUCCAAACACACAUUCGCGUCCGUCAAGCAGAGAAUCGCCGUCAAGCCGGAAUCGCGCAAUUCUACAAGGUGACUAAGUGAGACUGAACUUGACCUGUAUAUCAAGAGACUCCGUAGCGUCGAGAAACGAUAAAUCGAUCGACACGAUUGUACUGAACUUCGAAGACUUCACGAAUACUGUUUUGUUGCGCUUUCUCUCAGAUACUCGAAAAUAUGAUUCGAGCGUGGUUGUUGUUUGGUGUUCUGGCGUUGGCUAGUGGUCAGAUUGUUUACCCGGAUCAAUACGAUUUGAUAACGGCUGACCAGGGUCGUGCCUCGGCACCGCUACCUGCUAAUUAUCCCGCGUUGCAAGCGGCCAACAGUAGUCAGCCCGUUCAAAUCGAUCAACAACUCAAUGGAGGACCUGUUUCGCAGUUAGGCGCCGCGAGGCCAGCAGAAAGACAAUUUUACCCUACGACCACUCGCGUACCCUCGUACUCAACAGACUCGACAGCCAGUCUGCAACCCAUGCCGGAGCAAACUUGGAGCAAUCAUGUGAACAAUAUUAUAUCCAGAGGACUCACAAAGUUUUCUCUGGAUUUGGAUAGAGCGAUUUACAAAACCUCAGGCACAUCGGUGACACAUCGGGAAAACGUGAUCUUUUCUCCGCUCAGCGUAUCCGUCGCCUUGUCAUUAGUCCUGUUGGGUUCCGCCGGCAAGACAUUCGACGAGGUUGCCCGAAUACUCGGUUUAGAGACCGGUGUCGAUAUAUCCCAACACUCGGAGAUCGUUCAUCAGAUGUUCGGUCAGCUCCUGGCCAUCAUGAAUUACAGGGUUGAAGGUAGCAAUUUGCCGCGCGUGAGUUCCGCCAGUGGUAUAUUCGUUCAGCAAGGAUAUCCGAUUCGACCCGAAUUUCGCGCGAUCAGCGAAAAUGCGUACAGUAGCGAGGUGAUAAAUUUAGAUUUUCGAACAAAAAGCAGGGAAGCGCGAGACACAAUAAACGCUUGGGUGAAACAACGAACAAUGGAUAAAAUUAGUAGUAUAUUGAGCGAAAAUCCGGAUUCGUUGACCACCGUGAUUCUUUUAUCCGCGCUUUACUUCAAAGGAGAAUGGAAUCAACAUUUCAUGGCAACCGCGACACGGAGGAGACCAUUUUUUAUCGAACCGAAUGACACGGUCGAGAUAGAUAUGAUGUAUAACGGCGGUAAUUUUCCCUUUUACGAGGACAAAUCGUUGGGUGUUAAAAUAAUAGCUUUACCUUACAAAGGCUUAGAGACAUCUAUGUACGUGCUUCUGCCGAAAGCUGAAGGUGCCGCCGCAUUGAAGAACUUCCAGGACCAACUGACGGCUGAGACUAUUGAGUAUCUAAUAAGCAAUACAAAAAACGAGACUUGCAUCGUCGGCCUUCCCCGUAUGAAACUCUCGAGCACAUUGAAUUUGAACGACGCGCUUCAUAAUCUAGGCCUAUACUCAUUAUUCGAUCCGAAGACUGCGGAUUUAAGCCUCUUGUCGAACGGGUUCGGCCAAACAUCACAAGCACCACAAGCAGCAAUUGUGCCGGUGCCGCAAGCACAAGCUGCGCCGAUUCCACAAGCACAGGCUGCGCCGAUUCCACAAGCAUUCCCUACGUCGAUUCCUCAAGCACAGGCUGCGCCGAUUCCACAAGCAUUCCCUACGUCGAUUCCUCAAGCACAGGCUGCGCCGAUUCCACAAGCAUUCUCUACGUCGAUUCCUCAAGUAUUGUCCUCGUCGAUUCCGCAAGCAUUGCCUACGUCGAUUCCACAAGCAUUGCCUUCAUCGAUUCUACAAGCGUCAUCGCAAAUACCACGGCAAAUUCCUCCCGCUCAAUUGCCAAAUACCAAGACCGACGAAUAUUUAAUUUUCUCACGGUUCGGGAAUAACAAUAAUCAAGGCGUGGUUAAUGGCGCAAAGAGGAAUUACUUUACAUACGACGAUAAAAGACGCGGAGUCAGCGUGGAGCAGUGGGACACGGGUUUCAACAUUCGCACGAUAGGUAGAACGCGUCGCGACGCUCGGAACGGAAAGCAACGCAACGAAACGAAGUCAUCGCGUGUGGCGUACGUCAUGGAGAAAGAUGAGCUUGAGAAAGUCGCGCCAAAGAUUGACGAUGCGAGUACGAAAUACGUGAGCUUAGAGGAGAAUAAGUAUCGUUUCCAAAAUGCCGAAAGGAAUAGCAGAAACAAACGACAGAGCCGACCCAUAGACCAGAACUUCUUGAAGUUCAUGCAGACUCAACAGUUACCUUUUUAUGGUCUGGAUAAUCUGCGAAACAGCGCGAAUCUCGUGAAUCCCGGCCUGUACGCUACCGAAGUGUUGCACAAAGUGGAGAUGGAUGUGACGGAGAAGGGGACGGAAGCCGCGGCGACGACCGCGGUGCUUUUGCGUCGAGAUGGCAAUCAGAAAAAGCUGCUUGCCAAUCGGCCUUUUAUGUUUUUCAUCAGGCACGAUCCCACGAAGCUCAUUCUCUUCUGGGGAACGGUGAAUGUGCCGACUCCAAACUACGCCGUCGUCAGAUGAAUGCGCUGUGAACAUUCCCUAUAGAUAUAUCGGAGUUCACUUUCCUCUUAUUUCUAAUAUAAUUCCUACUUAUUUUUUAUAUAUUUAUAUAUUUGUCUCUUAAUUCGAACAAAUGCGACUGUUUUAUGCCUUUUUAUAUACAUAUUUUGCACUGCUAUAGAACGAUUUCCGCGCAGCUUAUCGCGGUCACAACGAAUAUUGAAUUGUAUAAUAUCCUAGUUUUAUAUAUACCGGGUGUCUCAGACUACCCGUAUCACCCGAUUUAUUCGUAAACGCAACAUUUUAGAGAAAAAUGUUCCAGACCAAAGUUGUAUGGUUUCAAGGAGUACAUAAGAUGGUGUUAUUAAUUUCACCUUAAAUAGUUGCUUGAAGGUCACGUAAAGGUCACCUUUAAUUUUUUAAAUAGAACUACCUACUUUUUAUUACAUAUUCUUGUAGAUUAUCUCGAGGGCUUUCCAAAACAC